GUCGCGAAGGUAUUUUUCAUGUGCAGCGAACUGUUGAAGGUGCGGCAAGUGCCGGUCACGGGUAUUUUUUGGCCCGUCGGGCCGCACAGCAAAUUUGAGACCAUUUGCGUUGUUGACCAGUGCUCAGACGAUCGUCAGUGUCACUAAUAAUCAUGUAUUUAGUCAAGAUUUUUCAAAUAUGGUGCAGCGAUUCGGAAUCUAUCACAAACCUUCUGAAGCCUUCUAACGCCCGUUUGAGGCGCCGGUUGAUCUAAGUGCGCCACUGGGCGUCUUUCAUGCUUACCCUCCGCCACGAUGGUGAACGCAAGCCUCAAAUACGUAGAUCUUAUACGCCAGUGCACUGCAAAGUGGGCAAAUUGGUCUCCCGAGAAACAGGACAUCAGAGUCGGUUCGUAUGGUCGGUUCAACGCCCAGACAGGCAGAUUCGAUGUUAAGGGAAACGUGUACGAUCCCGAGUUUCAGAAGUUGCUCGACGCUACCGAUGGGAAGAUGAAACUCUCUGAUUAUCCGCCAGUGCUCGAUGAUGAGGAGAAGGACUUUGCUGUUGGAUCUAUGGGCGUUAGGAAAAAGGAUUUCAGUCCUGGAUCAGAUGUUAGCGUUGAGCGCAUUGACCAAGCAAAAUAUAAGGAAGACUGGCAGUUUAUAGACAGACGGGGUGCGAUGCUCGUGAUGCACAAGCCCCGUCAAGAGCACUUCCCUAAAGGACAUGUCUUUGAAGCGCUCUACAAGGUCCCGGAGCUCAAGGACAUGUACAUCAUCCCAAUGGUGUACAAGUGUCGUGCUUAUGUUGCUUAUCUGUCUGACAAGAGCGGCGAGAAGGUCUCUCUGGCGCUCCUCCCGAAAUCAGGCGCGGAGAACGAGACAGAGCUCGACUGGUGGACAGAUUCAAAGGCAGAAUUCCUUCAAUACAAAACGGAUACAGACUACGCAUUCACGCCGCUUUUCACUUGCAAGCGCAAGAUUCCCCUGGUUCGUCGCCUCAUGCGCGACUCACCUAUUCCAGACCCUGAGGAUGCCGCCUUCUGGAUGGAUGUUUACCCAUCUUGGGAGCCACUCGAUGACGAUGGAGAAAUCGAUCCGGUGUAUGAUGACACUGACUCCACCUACAACCCGAGAUACUCUUUAACUCCUGUGGCCUCUCCAGCGCCGGAGGACGAUGCCUAGGGCCUGAUGACUGAUUAUGUUAUUUUCUUUUUCUUAUAUCAAGUUGACGACGUUGUAUGACAUGUAUAAUAUCAGUUUGAUGCAAGUAUUACCGUUGCUGAAGGAUAUGUGAUACCCAGUUUUGUUCGUGUCA